UCGCUUGAGGAGGGAGCGCUGGUAUAAAUGGAGAGGCUGGAGACGCUGCUUUUCUUUAGUACGGUUAGGUGGUAGACUUAAAAAAAAAAAAAGAUCUGUGUACCAUGGCAACUCCACCGAGGGAGUUAACGCAGAACCCGUUAAAGAAAAUCUGGAUGCCUUGCUUAAAUGGCCUUCCGGAAAAACACACCUCGCAAAGGAAAGUUUGCAUGACAAACUGCCCCACGCUGAUUGUCACAGUGGGUCUUCCUGCGAGAGGUAAAACCUACAUCUCCAAGAAGCUGACUCGCUACCUGAACUGGAUCGGAGUCUCUACCAAAGAAUUUAACGUCGGGCAGUACCGACGGGAGUGUGUGAAAAUAUACAAGUCUUUCGAGUUCUUCCGGCCAGACAACGAAGAGGGAUUGAAAAUCAGAAAACAGUGUGCAGCUUCAGCUUUGAAUGAUGUCAGAACAUACCUCAGUGAAGGGGGGCAAGUGGCUGUAUUUGAUGCCACGAACACGACGCGAGAACGAAGAGACACGAUCAUGAAGUUUGCAGACCUGAAUGGAUACAAGGUGUUCUUUGUGGAAUCGGUUUGUGACGACCCAGAGGUUAUUGCUUCAAACAUUGUGCAAGUGAAGCUCGGCAGCCCAGAUUACACAGACUGCAACACGGAUGAGGCAGUGGAGGACUUCAUGAAGAGAAUAAAGUGCUACGAGAACUCCUACGAAACGCUGGAUGAAAUCAAGGACAGGGAUCUCUCCUACAUCAAGAUCAUGGAGGUGGGGAGCCGGUAUCUUGUUAACAGAGUGCUGGAUCACAUCCAGAGCAGGAUUGUUUAUUACCUCAUGAACAUCCACAUCGCCCCGCGCUCCAUCUACCUCUGCCGGCACGGAGAGAGCGAGCUCAACAUCAAGGGCAGGAUUGGGGGCGACUCGGGGCUGUCUGCACGGGGCAAGCUGUUUGCAAAGUGCCUGGGUAAAUUCAUCCAGGAGCAGAACAUCAAGGAUCUGAAGGUUUGGACGAGUCAGAUGAAGAGGACGAUUCAGACGGCCGAAGCCUUGGGAGUGCCUUACGAGCAGUGGAAAGCGCUCAAUGAGAUCGACGCUGGUGUCUGUGAGGAGAUGACGUAUGAAGAAAUUCAGGAUCACUAUCCCCUGGAAUUUGCAUUGCGAGAUCAGGACAAGUACAGAUACCGCUACCCCAAGGGAGAAUCCUAUGAAGAUCUUGUGCAGAGACUGGAGCCGGUCAUCAUGGAGCUGGAGAGGCAGGAGAACGUUCUGGUGAUCUGCCACCAAGCUGUCAUGCGCUGCCUGCUGGCAUACUUUCUAGAUAAAACUGCAGAGGAACUGCCUUACCUGAAGUGCCCCUUGCAUACAGUGUUAAAACUCACUCCAGUGGCUUACGGAUGUAAAGUGGAAUCCAUUUCUCUAAACGUGGAGGCUGUCAACACGCACAGAGACAGGCCGGAGAAUGUAGACAUUUCAAGACCCCCAGAUGAAGCACUUCUUACUGUUCCUGUGCACCAGUGAAACUGGCUCUGUUUUUGGCUGGUCUGACGGUGUCUCACAUCGCCGGUCUCCGCAAUUCACCGUUUCUUGUUCAAAAAAAAAAAAAGUUUGUUUUCUAAAGUGGAGGGGGGGGAUUUUUCAGCAAGUCAAAGUUGCAGUUUGUUUAAAUGUACAGAAUGAAUUUGAAAUAGAUGAUGGAAAUGUGAAAAAAACAAUCUAAUAGAUCAGAUUUGAAAUGACAUCUCGUGGCAUUCUUUGCAAGUACUGUAACGUGUAAACUGUGUUUUUUUUUUUUUUAACACUACUCAUGUAGAAUCAACACUUGGGUACAGAAGUGUGCUCACCAAUGUACGUGUUCAUGGUACGAUUCACCAUUAAACAUUUUUAUUAUCUGCGGCACUUCCCAGUUUUAUACAAGUCACUGCAUGUAAACAUGGCUUUAAAAUCACUUGGAUACUUUGCGCUGCUGUUUCCAAGACCUUCCCUGGAGCAAGAAACUAGCCGACCAGAUUUGGAGCAACGGUCGUGUGGGUUAUUAAUUGUUCUGUAAUAUCAAGAGCACUGUAAUCCCGGGGGCCUCUGUCUUUGUGUUUGGAGGGUUUCGGUGUCCUUUUUGUAAGGGUCCUUUUUACUAAUUCAUUCAAUAUUUUUGAUGUGUAGGUCAGGUAGCGGGAUAAGCAGGGAGGGGUGUACCAGAUGUGAAGUUGCACAAUUGAAAUGGCGUGCUGUAACGUAGGUUCCUUUGCAAACCACAGAGUUAGGGAGCUGUGUAGCGAGUCGGAAGUGCGAACAGGAGAGACUUUCUGGAAUGUGUGUUUUUUUUUUAAGCUGCAGCUCUGAAGGAGUCCUGACCAGUGUGUUAAAAUGACAGCUGGACUUGCUGCUCGUGCUGGAAUGAAUGUGCACAUCUGGAACUGCUGCUUGCCAGGGUGCUUUGCAGAUAUAUAGAACCAUUACCCUUCUGUAUGUAUACGUGUGUGGUGGGGAUUUUAACUUUUAUUUGUAAAUGUAUAUCCUGGAAAUUCUCCCUAUUUAGUGCACAGCAGGCAUUCUACACACCAAGACCAAAUGCCUUUUUAUUUGAAUGUUGCAAUAAAGGUAGUGGCUCCAGGGAGUCCUUCUAUGCACCUUAUUCAAUGCUGAAUGUGAAGCCAUGAUUUGCUCUUACAAUAUUGCAAAUGUCGUUUCCACGCUGUGGGGAGGGGGAGGGAUUCUAGAGCUGGGACACAUUCAUGAGUGUUCAAACCAGCGCUUGCAAAAAAUAAUCAAGCUUGCUUAAAAUAGAUUCGAAAUCACAGGAUCAAAAAGAUGGUUACUGGUAAAUGAUGGGGUUCCAGGUUAUUUUGUUGCAAUGCGGUACUAAUCGCACUUCAGUUUCCCCGCGUUUAAAGAAUAUUCAGAUUGUUUUAUAUAAAUUUUUUUUUAGUUUUGCAGAAUAACGGUUGAAUUGGAAACCGCACUACUUCAAAGUAGAUUUAAACUGUCCCGUUAACAGUAGAUUUCGUCUUUAUUAACAUUAUGUAUUUCUUUCAAGCUCUGAUGACAUGCUGAAACAGGUGCUAAUUUGAAUCCAGGAAUGUGACCCGUGUCCUUCAAGCACUGCAUUGUCUUGCGUUUUGUGGCUUGUAUCUUUUCUUUGUGGGGUGUGGUCAGUGUGUGGUAUUUCCCUCAAAGAUUUAAGAAAGAAAGGCGUAGUCUGUGAUGAAAAGGUGUCCUAAGGUGAGGUAGCCAAGGAAAGAAACCAGUAUAGGCCUUAUGAAAUGCAGUGUUGUAAUGCUCCAGUUAAACAUGACCUCUAUGCAAACCCUGAUCGCAGACUGCUUCAGGACCUGUCAGACAUGCCGAAAGGAACUCCUCGCUUGGAUGACGUGCUCGGCACAUCUGUCUGUGCUGGAUAGUCUGCUUCAUAAUCGUGGCUUGAGAAAACUGUUCGUUUGGAUCUGCUAAUGUUUGGGAAGAAUGUGUUUUAUGUUGAUGCUUGUUUUGUCGGACUCUUUCCUUGUAAACCUUUGUUCGGGUAUCAAAUAAAUCACUAAAAC